CAAUUUUUUCUAAUAAUGAUAAUAAGGUACAGGGUUACCUGUUUAUGCUUUUUUUUUUUCUUUAGGUAUUUGUACAAUGUGCUUAGCAAGAACCAAGUUGUACAAGACAGCAACCGGGGUCUCUUGGUUGAGACACUUCGGUCAAUUGCAGAAAUACUCAUAUGGGGUGAUCAAAAUGAUUCCUCCGUGUUUGACUUUUUCUUGGAGAAAAACAUGCUUUCCUUCUUUCUGCGCAUUAUGAAACAGAAAUGUGGGAGCUAUGUGUGUGUUCAGCUUCUGCAGACCCUCAACAUCCUGUUUGAAAAUAUUAGAAAUGAGACUUCACUAUAUUACCUGCUCUCCAACAACCAUGUUAACUCCAUCAUUGUCCAUAAAUUUGACUUCAGCGAUGAGGAGGUGAUGGCGUAUUAUAUAUCCUUCCUCAAGACUCUUUCUCUGAAGCUCAAUGCUCACACCAUACACUUUUUCUAUAAUGAACACACAAAUGACUUCCCUUUAUAUACGGAAGCUAUCAAGUUUUUCAACCACCCUGAAAGUAUGGUGCGAAUUGCUGUGCGCACACUAACUUUAAACGUUUAUCGUGUCAAUGAUCAGUCCAUGCUUCAGUUUAUAAGGGAUAGAACAGCAGCUCCAUACUUCUCAAAUCUUGUCUGGUUCAUAGGAAACCACAUACUAGAGUUAGAAAAUUGUGUCCGCAGUGAUGUCGACCACAACAGUCGAGGGCGUCUAGCAGACCUGGUGGCAGAACAUCUAGACCACCUUCACUAUCUCAAUGAUAUCCUGAGACUGGAUAUUACAGCCUUAAAUGUUGUCUUAGCAGAUCACUUGCUAAAUCGACUACUUGUACCACUGCUAGUAUAUUCUCUUAAUCCAAGACAAGAAAAGGAUGACCGACCGAGAGUGAGCAGUGUUGUAUCGUUAUUCCUGCUGGCUCAGGUGUUCCUCAUAGUAUCACAUGCGCCACUGGUCAGAGCCUUGGCCAAGAUAAUAUUCCAUGCGGACAAUUCCAUAUUCUCUGAGGAUACCAUUGUCCUCCAGGAAUUGAACAUAGAAAGAGAAGCAGACAGGAGCUUACUCACUGAAAAUAUUUCCAAGGGUCAGCGGUUAAUUCGAAGAGGCUUCAUAGCACCAGAGGAACCUUUAGAAAAGUCCUUGCAAGCAAGAACAUCAAGCGGAAGUGGUAGCAGUUCUUCUCAUAGUCCUAGUGGCCGUAUGGAAGGAGCCUCAGGCAGUGAAGGAGGCUCAGCAGGAGAGGGGCAAGAGGCUGUAGCUGCAACUACUGACCAAGAUGCUGAAGAGGCAGCACUUUGUAGAGAAUUAGGGGUAUCUUCACCUACAGCUGAGAUUAUGGCAUGUAUUGGGAUCUCUGAUCUUGAAGCAACACAUGUAAAUAUUACAGAUGAAGAGAAGGAGCAGCUAAGGGCAUCAGAUCAAGCAGGAUUGACUAAAGGGAGAAUAAAGGCACGUCAGAGAAAGUUGCACCAAAUAGCUCGGUUACUUGAACUCCCUGGGCAUCUCCAGCCCUGCCCAUCACCUCCAGCACAUGCACUGCAUACUAUGCGCCAAGAAGCACACAGACGAGGUGUAAGCCGUGCUAGUGGUGGGGAAGGACGGAGUCGCAGUCAAUCUCACCGCCCACUAUUCAAUGUUUCAAGAGUUCCCGGAUUUGCGCUGAAGCGUGAAGGUGGGGCUGGACUCCAACCAAGCCCAGAUGCUCAAGACCAGGUAGCAGUUUCUUCAGGUAGAUCAGAAUCGCAAAGUCCAAGUCGUCUUGGAAGGCAGAAAAGCAGACAUCCACAGGGAGCACGGGAAGGCAUCUCUCGUUCCACCUCCCGACCUCGUCCGCGAAGUGAAGAAAUUCCAAUGGAAGACAUGAUGACUACUGGAGUACCCCAGGCCUCCCCCUCACUGCCCAAGGUGAAUAUAGAGAGGACUAGCUCUCCUCAAGACAGUAAUGGCAGCAGUAGCAGCAGCUCCAGUAGUACAGGAGAGAUGAUGGCGGAUAUGGGCAUUACAGGGAAUUUAGAGUUACCAACAAGGGCCAACAGUGUGACUCCAGGAGAGGACGAAGGGGUCUGGCCUUAUGUGUCAUUAGUUGGGAAUGUCGCGCUCUCCCCUGGUCCCACUCGCAUCCUUCCGCCCCUGAGUCAAGUGCCGCCGCCUCUGCUUGUACCCGCUGCUCUUGACACGAGAGUCUUCCCUAAGGAGAGUGAUACCCAAAGUCAUGUUUCUCCCCCUUCACAAUUGGCACAGCCUCCAACGCCAGAUGAGACUGAAACUUCCUUUACUGCCAAACCCCCUCUUGCUAGAACAACAGGAACAUAUGAUGUGUUUGAGCCACAUGUGAAUGGGAGUACGGAGGAAGGUGACUGUGAAAGGAGGGAUGGUGCUAGGAACAGUGUGGGCUCGGCAGAUUUUAGCCCUAUACGUAGGGUUCGUGUCAAGGGCAAUGUAGAGACUGUUUAAGGGGAAAAAAGUAAAUAUGUAAAAAAUCUCAUAAUGUCCGUAACUUCACAUCUUAAAAAGAAAAAUUAUAAAAUGCCACAUAAAAAGUGGAGUGUUGAAGUUCACUUUAAUAUUUUGUUUACAGAUCAAUCCAUGCCUGUGAAUAAUCCUGAUUGUUGUUGAUAAUUUCUCAUUUUAUAGAAAGGAAAACCUGGAAUGAGUGUAAAAGAGGAAGAUUUCAGAUUUAUAGAUCUAAAUUUUAUGUAACAUAACAAAGCAAGGCCAAUUUAGUUGUACAAUUUAGGAAUUAAGAAAAGGUGCCCCUUGUUCCCAUCAGUUUUAGUGGAGGUGAAGGAAGCUUGUUGACAAAUUCAUUAAUCCCCAAGUAUGAAUAAACCAUAAAGAAGACUGCAUAAUUUAUGAGCAUUUUUGUGUAUUUCAUUAGUGAUGCAAGUACAAGAUAUUUCAGUGAUUCAGAUAUAUUUUUCAUUUUCAAUUAUAAAAGUAGCCUGGUGUUAACAUAUCACUAACCAUAGGCCAGUUUCUAAAUAGUUUUGAUUGAUUCUGAAUUGCCUUUAUUUCACAGAUGCAGAAAAAGUAAAUGCAAGGAAAAUAUAAUACUUUUUCAACAGAAAACAUUAUGUAGCAAAGGCAGAUAUAGGAUACUUAAAGAAUUGGAAAUUACUGAUUAUGAAGUACUAAGCAGAGUAAACUCCUGUUAGUGGUGGUGUUCCUUGUUGGAGCUAUAUUGUGUAAGCAUUGGCUAUCAGUUCAAAUUUUGAUGAAUAAAUUAUGAAAGAAGACUCCCCUUAGUUGAUCACAAUUACUUUGGAUGUUACCCUUGUAACUGUGGAAUCAUAGAAUACAACAAAUUAGCAAUAAUAUGGAAUUAGUGAAGGGAGGAAGACAGUUGUAUUUAUAAACUGAAAUUAAGUAUAUUGAAAUGUAAAGCAAAUCACAUUAUUUUCAUUCAGUUUCUUUGGAUAUGAAACCAAAGUCUCAUUAUGCAGUGGCAAUUGGUACAAUACAAGUAGAUACCAUCCAACUGUAAAGUAGGAAAGUGGCUUUUCAGGACUACAAAAGAUAUAAAGCCACCGUACUGCCAUGAUUUUAUGCAUAUGUUUUUUUAACUUUUCAUUUCCUGCCAUUCUCAAGUGGUUGACUACUUAUGGGAGUAAAAUUAAGUACAAUAUUAUUUUAUAUACAAAUAUAAAUAUAACUAGAAUAUUUAUCUAUUAUCAUUUAGUGCCCUAUUAUUUAUUAUUAUGAAAAUUGUUGCUUAUAGAAAAUAUAUAUAGAAGUGCUGUUUACUGUUUGAAAUUGAUAUUUUGAUCAUUAGAUUCAAAUAAGAAAUAAAGUUAUUAUGAUCAGUGAUUGUUUAUUGUUCAUGUUAAUACUUAUUAGAUAGGAGUCAAUGAAAUAUAUAAAAUCCAGAUGAUCAUCCAGUGAAUGGAUGAUAAGCAACCCUUUGACUGCAGAAGUACAGAAGCAGUAAAAUUUGGAACACCACUUUGGCUGCCAGUUAAGAAAAGGAAUAAAUUGCAUGGUAAACAUAAUGUACAUUGAAUAUAUGCAUGCAACUAUAGUGAACAGUUAUUUUCAACUGAUUUUACUUCUCCCUGACUCCUGCAGUAGAGAAAGGGUAUAUACUUGUGGUUUGAAAUUACACACAAAAUACAGUCUUCUUCAUCGUGGAUGAAGUAUGGAAUGUUUUUAUCCAUAUUUUGGUAUUGAUCAUUCAAUUUUGUAUGAUUUUAGAAGUGAUUUAUGAGUAUUUGCUGUGAAAAAAUAGGAAUUGAUUAGAAGAAAGAAAAAACUAUAAUGUAAUGUACUUUUUCAUAGUGAUCCACUGCAGUUUUUUGCAGAAACAAAGUUUAUCAACAUAUAUGGUGCAGGUCAGGCUUCUUGAAGACUUUUGAGUGAUUUGUGUGAAUUUGUUUUCCUUUGAUUUUGAGGUAUCUGCUGUGCUAAAGAAAGACAACCUGUGCUUAUGAGUGGAAAUGUGUUUUAGCUCUUCUUUGCCUCUUUUUCUUUGGUUGAAAGAGAAACAUUUCUUAAAUAUUUUUCAGUUGAAUGAGAUGAAAAUUUGUGGCAUUCAAUUGUGCCAAAUAAAUUUUGAAAUAAUGGUUGCCAGAAUAAUUCAAGAUUUUGUUUGUUGAUAAGGAUAUAUGUGACCAUGCCUUAUGUAUAAGAAAAAUCAGAGUAUUUAAGUUCACAUUUCUGAUUACUUGAUAAAGAUAAAGUGUAUGAAUGUAUACAGGAUCUGUAUUUUAUAUAUUGUACACAAAAUGUGGCAUAAAGCUUAAUGUUAAUAUAUUGUAGAUAAACAAAUUCUAAUUCC